GUCGGUCUCCUCACUCAGCCACGUGCUAUCUCAGCUCGCGCUACAGCCGUAAAUCCAGGUGUGCUCGCAUGCAUGGGUGCGCGCGCGCGAGAGAGAGAGUCAGUGCGCUGAGCGCGCGGGGUCAGUGUCCUAUCAGGUGUCUAAACCUGAAAGAAGACAGGAAGACGAGAGAGAGAGCAGCUCGCGCCACGAACGAAGCUGAAACACGCCGUCCGCGCGCUGGACGAACAUGAGUCUCAGGUGUAAUCACACACCUGUACACACUGACAUCACACCCGCCGCACACCAUGAUGCGCUUCCUCCUGCUGUUUAAUCGGCAGGGCAGACUUCGGCUGCAGAAGUGGUUCAUUCCUCUCAGCAAUCGAGAGAAAAAUAAGAUCGUUAGUGAAAUGACCCUCACUGUGCUCGCCAGACCCCCCAAAGCCUGCAGCUUCCUACAGUGGAGAGACCUGAAGAUCGUCUACAGAAGAUAUGCCAGUCUGUUUUUCUGCUGCGGUUUGGAGGAUCAGGACAAUGAACUGCUGACGCUGGAGCUCCUCCAGAGAUACGUUGAGCUGCUGGACCAAUACUUUGGUAAUGUGUGUGAGCUGGAUAUCAUUUUUAAUUUUGAUAAGGCUUAUUUUAUCCUGGAUGAGUUUAUAAUGGGUGGAGAGAUUCAGGAAACAUCCAGACUGUGUUUGGCUAGACAUAUGGAGGAGGCAGAUGCAUUCCAGGAGACAGUGGAUGAGUAUGAAAAAAACCCCACUUACUGAAGAUCCACGUUAUCAUAAAAUAUCACACCCCAGUGAAGCUGUUUGGAUGGGAGAUAUGAGGACUCAGCACCCUGACUGCAGGAGACAGCGCUCCAAACCAUGGAACUUUACUCAGGAUGCUGUAUUAACGCUGUGGAUGAACACGACAACGUACCACUUUUGAUGUUUCCAGAUGUUCCUAUUACAGUUUUUUUUUCUAAUUAAUAAAACAUAAUUUUGUAAA